AUGUUAUUCUUUUUAUAAUCAAUAGAUCAAUUUGGAGCUUAGUAAAAACUUUAAAUUCCCACUAUUAAUCCUACAUAAAAAAGUGCUUUUGGUGGAUUAGUAACUUUAACUUUGUAUGGAAUCAGUUUAGGAUAUUUUUUAUUUUAAUUUGUUGAUUGGCAAUAAAAUAAUAAACUUCCAAAAGUUACAUCUCUAUAAGAAUAAAUUAAUGAAAAUUAAUAAUUGAAUAUAACAGGAGUAUUUGCAGAAAUAAGUUACUUGAAAGUACUUAAUAAUUAAAUAGAUCCUUUUGAUCCAGAAAAUAUGAUUUUGUAACCAUUUAUAAUUAGCUUUACCAAUGAUUAUUCAAAUGUAAAUUAUAUUAUUAACUAGGCAACAAAAAUCAAUGCUACAUUUUCAAAACAUAAAACAUAAGAUGGAUAAACUUUAAAUACACUAUAUCUGGAAGAUAUUUUACUUUAAAACACACCCACAGACUCGAUAAAUAAUUAUUAUACUAAUUAUGAAUUAUCCAUUGGAUAUUGUAAUCCAGAAUAGCUUUAGGAUGGAGAAAAAUGCGCAAACCAAGAUUUAGUUGAUUAAUUUUUUUUACAGGAUAACGAAUUUUAAUUGAU